AGCAAGUCUGGUGCCUCACAAGAGCAAUAAAGGGUGUGGAGACUGUUGAGCUGCAGAUACAAUACAGAGCCUGUCUUUCCACAUGUACUUUGUAGGACACGGUUGCAGGCAGACAGAAAGUCUUACAGCCUUUGAAAAUGUCUGGAAUUGCAGCUAAACUUCAGCACAACCGAGAGAAAUCACAGGGGGUUGGAUCCAACAGCCAUGCAGUGAAAUACCUUAACCAGGACUUUGAAUCUCUGAGGAGAAGCUGUCUUGAGAGAGGACAGCUGUUUGAGGAUGACUGCUUCGAGCCUCUGCCCUCAUCCUUAGGCUUCAAAGAACUUGGGCCGAAUUCCUACAAAGUUAGGGGCAUCACCUGGAAAAGACCAACGGAAUUGUGUUCAAACCCAAAAUUUAUUGUUGAAAAUGCUACCAGGACUGAUAUUUGUCAAGGAGCACUUGGUGACUGCUGGCUCUUGGCAGCUAUCGCUUCCUUGACUCUCAACAAACAGGUUCUGUCUCGUGUGGUCCCCCAUGACCAAAGCUUUGAGGAGAAUUAUGCCGGCAUCUUUCACUUCGAGUUUUGGCAGUUUGGUGAGUGGGUGGAUGUGGUGGUUGAUGACCGUUUGCCUACCAGAGAUGGAGAGUUACUGUUUGUUCACUCAGCAGAGGGUUCAGAGUUUUGGAGUGCACUGCUGGAGAAGGCCUAUGCCAAGGUGAAUGGAUGCUAUGAGGCUCUUUCUGGAGGCAGCACCACUGAGGGUUUUGAGGACUUCACUGGAGGCAUUGCUGAGAGGCAUGACCUGAGCAAAUCAGAUCCCCACCUCUUCAAAAUCAUUAAGAAGGCCUUGGCCAGAGGUUCCCUCCUGGGAUGCUCUAUUGAUAUUACCAGCUCGGCUGAUUCAGAAGCUGUCACAUAUCGCAAGCUGGUGAAGGGCCAUGCCUACUCGGUGACAGGAGCGGACCAGGUGGAGUACAGAGGAGACAUGGUAGAACUGAUCAGGAUUAGAAACCCAUGGGGUCAGGUGGAGUGGAAUGGAGCCUGGAGCGACAACUCCCAUGAGUGGAGAUAUGUGAGUGACGGUGACCGAGCAAGGCUGACCAACCGUUCUGAGGACGGGGAGUUUUGGAUGUCAUUUUCUGAUUUCCUGCGCCAAUAUUCUCGCCUUGAGAUCUGCAACCUCACCCCUGAUGCACUCACAGGCAACGAGUACAAGAAAUGGGCGGAGUCAGAGUUUGAAGACACAUGGAGAAGGGGUGUGUCAGCUGGUGGCUGCAGAAACCAUCCAAAUUCCUUCUGGAUGAAUCCUCAGUUUGUCAUAAAGCUCGAUGAGGUGGAUGAUGACCCUGAUGAUGGUGAAGAAGGCUGCUCCUUCAUUGUGGGCUUAAUGCAGAAGAACAGGCGUCGCAUGAGGAAAAUGGGGCAGGACAUGGAGACCAUCGGCUUUGCCAUAUAUGAGCUACCUGAGGAGUACUCCGGCCAAAGACAAGUGCACCUGAAGAAAAACUUCUUCCUGUACAACUGCUCAGCAGCUCGCUCUGAGACCUUCAUCAACUUGCGAGAGGUGUGCAACCGCUUCUGUCUUCCCCCUGGAGAAUACCUUAUCAUCCCCUCCACCUUUGAGCCCAACAAGAAUGCCGACUUUUAUCUACGGGUGUUCUCUGAGAAACAGGCUGAUUUCCAAGAGAUUGAUGAUCCUGUAGAUUGCCAUGUGGAGCAGAUUGACAUUGAUGAAGAGGACAUCUCUGACAGAUUCAAGACAUUGUUUGGAAAGCUUGCAGGACAUGAUGUGGAGAUUUCUGCAUUUGAGCUGCAGAGAAUCCUCAACCGAGUGGUGAUGAAGAGAAAUGACAUCAAAACCAAUGGCUUUAGCCAGGCAACCUGCCGUAACAUGAUCAGUCUGCUGGAUAAAGAUGGAAGUGGCAAGCUGGGUUUGGUAGAAUUUAAGAUCCUGUGGUCAAAGAUUGAGAAGUUCCUGGAUCUGUACAAAGACAGAGACACAGACCAAAGUGGCUGCAUGAGCGCCUCUGAGAUGCGGAUGGCUGUUGAGGGUGCUGGCUUCAGCCUCAACAACUCUCUGCAUCAGAUAAUUGUGGCCCGCUACAGUGAACCAAGCCUCACCAUUGAUUUUGACAACUUUGUGGGCAGCCUUGUCCGCCUAGAGUUCCUCUUCAACACCUUCAAAGCCCUGGACAAAGAUGGUUCUGGCAAGAUCAGCCUGGGCUUCAUGGAGUGGCUGAAUAUAGCAAUGUUGUAGAGGAGCUCUGACUGUUAGCAGAAGAACACAGACUUAAGUUGAAGAGCCAUCAUUUCUGGAUAUGCUGUGUUUUCUAGUGAAUGUCAGUUUGUGUCUUAUGUACACCUUAAUCAAGGGUUGCUGAUCUUAGGGGAAAAUAAUUUAGAUGACUUCCAUUGUCCACAAAUAUAAUAAAGGUACUAAAGCUACACUGUCUCACAAUAAAGAAUAUAUCU